CUCUCUGUGUUACGACGACCACCACCACCAUGAUGAGUUCACAUCACCAGAGUGGCUCCUCCAUUCCAUUCCGCUUCUUCUUCAUCAUACUAGUGCUAUUCUCCUUUUCAAGCUUCUCCUCAUCAGCUAAUGCACUACUCAUGACCUCCCAUUCACAACAAUGCCUGGAUCUCCUCAACCUUAAAAAAGGUUUCGAUUUAUCUAAUGCACUAACUUCACUCUCUGAUUGGCUCGCUGGUACGGACUGCUGCAGGUGGGAAGGAGUUAGCUGCGAUGAAGCAUCCAGUCUUGUUGUCUCUCUUGACCUCAGCGAGAGGUAUAUCGGAGGCAACAUCAUGCCUUCCCUUUUCAACCUCACCUCCCUCCAAACACUCAAUCUCUCCUCCAAUUGGUUCAACCAGCUAAGUGAUGUCCUGCUUUCUGAUUUGGAAAAACUGGCUAAUCUCACACAUCUCAAUCUUUCUCAUUCCGGACUGCUGGGAGGCCAAGUCCCCAUCAGCAUCUCUCACCUCACAAAACUCAUAUCUUUGGACCUCUCUUCAUAUAUGGAUUACAGGUAUGCUCUAAAGCUGGAGAAGCCUGAUCUUGGUACCCUCAUCAAAGACCUUUCUAAUUUAAAAGAGCUCUAUUUGGAUAGAGUCAACAUCUCUUCUAGCAGAACGGAGUGGUGUCAAGCCGUCUCUUACUCUGUUCCUGGACUUCAACUUCUCAGCUUACAAGGCUCUUUACUCUCAGGACCGAUUGACAGCUCACUGUCCAAGCUUCAAAACUUAUCAAUACUUCAUCUUGAUUAUAACGAUCUUUCGUCCCAAGUGCCGGACUUCUUUGCAAAAUUUUCUUCUUUGACUGUGCUUAGUCUCAAUGAGUGUGGACUUCAAGGGGUGUUUCCGACUGGUGUGUUUGAACUCUUGAACUUGAUGACACUUGAUCUUUCAUUUAAUGAGAUGCUAGAAGGGGUUUUCCCAGAAUUCCCAUUAAAUAGCUCUUUGGAGACAUUGACUAUUUCCCAUACCAAUUUCUCUGGGAGUUUGCCAAAUUCUUUGGGAAACUUGGAAUCCUUGAUAUCCUUGGAUCUUCGUCAUUGUAAUUUCUCAGGGUCAAUACCUUGGUCGAUUGGGAAUCUCAGUGAAUUGGUUUAUUUAGAUCUCUCCCAUAAUCAUCUCUCCGAGCACUUACCACCAAUGCUUGCUGGUUCAAAAAUUUCAACCAUUGAUCUUUCUUCUAAUUACUUUGUUGGGCAGAUCCCAAGCACUCUCGGUCAUGCACAUCACCUUAUAUCACUUCAUCUUGAAGACAACUUAUUGACUGGAUCUAUCCCCAUGUCUUUGUUCACACUCCCAAAAUUAGAGAAGUUGUAUCUAGUUGACAACAAGCUCUCUGGUCAACUGCAAGAAUUCACAAAUGCAUCUUCAACAUUGCAAUAUGUUGCUCUGUGGGGCAAUAAUCUCCAUGGGAAGCUCCCCAAAUCACUUGUUAAUCUCUUUGCUCUCAUCUCACUUGAUUUAAGUUCAAACAGCUUUGAUGGUUCGAUGGUGGGAUUAGAGUUGUUUGGCCACCUUCAAAAUCUCACAUACUUGGAUCUUUCAGGCAUUGACUUGUCAAUCUCUGACCGAAUUGCUGGUUCUUCUCUUCUAUUUCCAUCUCUCGAUACCUUGAUAUUGCAAUCUUGCAAUCUGACGGCUAUCCCAUCUUUCUUGAAGCAUAAGGAGAAUAUGAAACUCCUAGACCUUUCAAACAAUAGAAUUCAUGGGAUUAUACCCAAGUGGAUAUGGACCAGUGUAAGCUACCGCGGGUCUAUGAAUUUAUCUUGCAACUUAUUUACUGAUAUUGAGAGGCCUCUUCCUGAUCCUCUAACGAUGACGAGCAUUAACAGCCUUGAUCUACAUUAUAAUAUGCUUCAAGGACAAAUUCCCCUUCUCCAGGCACAAUUUUUGGAUUAUUCAAACAACUAUUUCACUGGUUCCAUUCCGGUUAAUAUAUCUGCUUACCUGGGUGACACUUCUUUUUUUUCUUUGGCCAACAACAAUCUCACUGGAGAAAUCCCCACAUCCAUUUGUGAUACAAAUCUUAGAGUCCUUGAUCUUUCAAACAAUAGCUUGAGUGGUUCAAUCCACAAAUGUUUGUUAGAGAGCCUUUCUAAUUUGCAGGUACUUAACCUUAGAAGGAAUCAAUUUCGAGGAAUCAUUCCUCGAAACAUCAACUUAAGUUGCUCGUUGGUAAUAAUCAAUUUUUAUGGAAACCAGUUGGAGGGAGAAAUACCAAAAUUUUUAGCCAAAUGUGAACAGCUUCAGUUUCUAGAUCUCGGAAGCAAUAAAUUAGCAGACUCUUUUCCAUAUUGGUUAGGAAACCUUCCCGCAUUGAAAGUCCUUGUUCUCAGGGAAAAUAGAUUUUAUGGAUACUUCAAAUGUCCUCCUGGAGCGUCUGUAGGCAAUCACACUUUUGAAGUUCUACAAAUCUUAGACAUUUCGUCUAACAACUUCACUGGCAAUCUACCAUUGGAUUGCUUCACAAGAAUGAAGGCUAUGAUGAUUCAUCGAGAAGGGGAUGGAACAAUUGGAUUCUCAUAUGUGGACGUCAAUGGAAGGCCGUGUCGGCGAAUCUUAUUUUGUUAUCGAGGCGGCGCUUAUAAUGCAUCACCACAACCACAAUAUUAUAAUCCAGCAUCAACAUAUUAUGAGGGACCUAGUUACAGUAGUUGCAAAGGGGUAUAAGAGGGACCUACCAAAGAUUCCAGCAACGACUUCAUACAUUGAUGUCUCCAACAACAGAUUAGAAGGCACUUUACCUGAAGUGAUUGGGGACCUUAAGUCACUUAAUUUCUUGAACAUGUCACUAAAUGCUUUCAAGGGCCAUAUUCCACAAGUUCUUGGAAAUUUAAGGGGUCUAGAGUCAUUGGAUCUCUCAGGAAAUCAACUCUCCGGUGAGAUUCCAAAACUCUCUAACCUCCCUGACAUUCUUGUCCUUCCUGAAUCUGUCAAAUAACAACUUAGUAGGAAGGAUACCACAAGGAAAUCAGUUCAACACGUUUCCCAAUGCUUCAUUUGAAGGAAAUCCAGGACUUUGUGGCUUCCCGUUAUCAAGACAAUGUGUUAAUUCAACAAGCAUGGAGCCUUCUACAGGUCUCAACAAUGCAUCUCAUGAACUCGACAUGGAAGAGAUCUGGAUCUGGAUGUUCAGAGGGUUAGGGUUCGGAGUGGGAUUUGCGUUGGCCAUUUUCCAUCAAUUGUUGUUUACCAAACUCAAAAUAUGGUACAAGAGGAGGUUCAUGAACAGAAUGCUAUUAUAUGACUCUUUGACAUCAUCAGCUCAUCAAUGAGAGUGAAGCUUAGUAGUAAACUCAUGUGAAUUUCCCUCUAGAGGCCGUGUCAUGGACGGUGAAUUAGGAUGCUCCACUUGAGUUGAUUCAACUUGAAGUGAAUGGUAAGUUAGAAGGAUCCCCAUAAGUUGAUUAGCUUGAUACAAUAGUCAAUUAGAAAAUGGAUUCGUCAACGCAUUUCAUUGGUUGGCUUUCUAGUGCAUGUCAUAAGUCAUCAUCACACUCUGAACUCUAUUGGAAGACUUGGGCUAA